GGGUGCGCGAGUCACGUUUUUAAAAGUGUGCCGGGUGUACCGUGAGCUGCAUCUUAGUGAAGGUCUCGAUGUUUGAGAAUGGGUAGCCUAGUAUAGUCUACUCCACAAGCUCUGUGGCUGACUGGAACGCGACGUGCCGAACAGCUCGUUCCGUUAUGGCCGGUAUCCAAAAUACAAUUUCCUUUUAGAGAAUGAGGAAGGAGACGUUUUAGAGGCCAAACAUAAACACAAUAGCAUACCUUGUCAAAUCUAGUGCAGCUAUUUAUUUAUUUAAAUAAAAUACAAUGAACGGCCUUUGACAUAACAAUAGGCAAAAAUAUAGACCUAGGCAAUGUUAUUUUUAUUUUUAUCUGGCCUAUCGUGCUAUGCUAACUCGUGAAGAAAACCUUUUGCAAUUCAGUGACCAAUUACGAAACACGAUCUGUGAAAUUGGACACUGACACGUGAUUAUCACAGUAAGGUAAAUUCCUGCAAUCGUUGUGUGCAAUUAUGUCUGUGGUUCAUCUCUUCACGCCUCCUCCCGUUUUCCACUAUCCUACGUCACUACUAUCUGGCGCUGCCUCUUUUAGCGUAGUUGUCACGACAACGGCGCACUGUCUUCACUCCAAACACUUCUUGAGCGUUGCACACCUUUGUUUGGGUUUGUCUUUGUGAGCCGCAAAACUGUGUGAUAAAUACUUGAUGACUGCGCCGCUGCCUAUGAAGUUGACUUGACAAGCCUUAAGAGCGGAAACUUGUUUGAGUGAUCGAGAUGAGCGUGUCUCACUCGUCAUGAUUGUUCUUCACGUCACAGACGUCAUUGAUCGGUUUCUAAUCUCACGAUGGACAUGUCAGCGGAAUGGGCGCGGGCACCUGCACAGGUGGACGACAAAAGUGUGAGCAUGAACGAAACAGAGUGGGAACAAACCAGUCAACUGCAAAAUAAUGAACAUGUCAACGUCUUACUGGACAUCAGUGAAGACAUCUGUUAUAAAGAACAGGAGCCGUUCGAAUCCCUCUCCCUCAACGGUUGGGAAGACGCUGUCCAGGGAUGGGGUCUGUCUCCUCCUCUCUCCUGCCUGUUCCAGCCCCCGCGGAGAGGGAAAACAACCAGGACCACAGACCCUGCGGACUACCACUGCCUCCUGUGUGCCGACCUGAAGCUUUGGGAACCCCCGGGGCCUGACGAUCGACCCCAUUCCCCCACGUCCAGCUCUGGGGCCCCGCCGCGUGAAGACCCCCAGCUCAGCAAACCUUCCAGAUCAGCCCUGUCACACAGUCAUGUCUACGUCCCCUACAACCGGCACUCUGCGCUCCGCUGGAGUCAAUCUGCUGUUCCCUGCGGUCCCUCUCUCUCCUGUCGCCCUCCUGCUCCCCCCUCGGACCCCUCUGCUGUCUGUGGUCGCUCCCCCCUGUCCUCCAGCCCCUCUCCUCUGGUCAUCCACCCUUCCUCCGAUACGGAGGCCCCAGUGUCUCCCAGGAUGCAGAGCCUGAACAAGGCCUCCCAGCAGCCUUCUGUCAGAGACAAGCUGUCGUCGUCGUCGGAGGUGGUGGUUGAGGAAGACAGGGGUGGUGACCCCAGCGAGCGUCUGUCCCCGCGUCCGCCCCCGGCCGGCCCCCCCUCCAGGCCCCCCCCCCAGGAGGUGUCUGACUGCCCCCAGCCGGAGGACAGGGGGGGAAACAUGAAGCUGAUCAUCAACAGCUUCUCUGUCCUGCCUCCUGUCCGGGCCUCCUCCCAGACGAGGCUCCCCGGGGCCCCCCGCCUCCCCAGGAGGGCAGAGCCCCCGUCGGGUCACAGCGAGGGGGCACUGUGGGAGGAAGAGUCCUCACACGCCGUCGCGGGGGAGAGCGGAGGUGUGGAGAGAGAAGAGGAGACGAGAGUGGGCCGGGUUCCCGAGGAGAAUGGCCACCCUGCCGUCACCUCCGCGUACCUGGCAUCCAGACAGAGCCACAGUCUGCUCUCUGCUUUCAGCAUCCAGGUCCACCAGAGGGCAGAGGCCCCUCUCCUGGGACUGGCCGACCCCCCGGCCCGCGCCCCCUGCCCCCUGGGCGGCCACCUCAGACAGGACCCACGCACCACCAGCGGACACAGACUCGUGUUUGGGACGAAGCCCAAGAACGUGAAGCGUGUUCAGCCCCAGCUGCCCACCCUGAUGGGGACACGGGUUCGAAUCCCGGCCUCCUCUCACAGACUGCUGUAAAACACGUCUGUUUGGCGUCUGUGGGUUUGAUUAAAGUAAACUUUCAGAGCAAAACUUUCACAUGUUUUACAUGGCCCGGAUAAAUGUAUUAAAAGCUUUACUAAAUUCAGUUGAACUCAGUACAGGUAUGAUAUACAGUCAUAAUGUCAGAAUGUUAGUUUUUUUCAUUGCAAGGUGCACCUACACCUGAACAUAAGCUUGGAGUUUACAGUUGGAUGUUGGUUAUUGUAGCAGUGCCUCUGACACAUAUCGAAUUACAGAUGCAGAAUCAGUUUACUUUUGUCUAGCGGUGAGUCCAAAUACCCAUACUAAAAUACUACUUACUACAGUAGUUACUAUGUACAUCCAUAUAGUAUGGUAUAAGUAUUAGUAUGGUAGUUUGGAAAAAGAUGAAAGUUUGGGGAUUGGGACACUGGUUUCUGGUUACCUUCAGUUUACAUCAACUUCUCCCCGACAUUUCUGACCUAGUUGGGUGUGAUUUUGAACGUGCUCAAACGCUUCCCUGGCUGGCGGUCAGAAGUGCCUCUCUAGUUACCCAGCAACUGAGCUACCUCAUCUAAGAAUCCAGCCGGUGGCUCCCAACUCAGAUCUCAGCAUGUGCAACUCCCACCGUCAGCCAUUAGUCAGCACCCCCCACCCUCACGAGUUCCACACUCUACAGCCCCAAACAAGACUUGAGACAUUGCCAAAUAAUCUGUUACAUAACCCCUCCUACCCCUACAGAAUUGAUUAAACGCGGUUGUCGCUGGGAUUGAAUGACAUGUCUGUGAUUGUGCCGAUCAGACGGUGAAUGAGGCAGGUGGAGUUGUGGAAACAGGAUCCUACUGCUGUCGGGUUAAUGACACUAACUUAUUCUAGUAUCGAGACAAUUAACUGACAUCGAAGGGGAGGCUAUGGCGGGAGUUUACCUGAAAUGGCAUGUUGAGUUGUUUAUGUGUGCACUGGAUGAUCAAU